AUGGAUCCCCACAAAACGGGCACCACCUCGCUAUCCUCAAGUAUCCUAUGUCAUCGCGAUUGUGACUUCCUGAGAGGAAUGGACUUUGUACUUGAAGCUACAACAUUCCUGAACCAGUAUGUAAAGUACGAAAUCUUGAAUUGGGCAAAUCGUAUCAGUUCCGUGUCCGAGCCGAGAACAUCUACGGAAUUUCCGAUCCAUCGCCGGCCUCUUCCACCAUGCAGGUUAAUGGCACCACCACAGCCGGUUCUUGACAAGAACAAGAAGAUCAUUCCAUUGCUCGAUCCCUAUGCAGAGAAAGCUCUCGAUCUUGCCCAUGCCGAACAAUAUGCCUGCGCGCCAUGGUUUGCCCCUGGAGUCAUCGAAAAGCGCUAUUGUGCUGAGAACGAUACACUCACGAUAACGCUGAACGUUGUUGGUUAUCCGGAUCCUGAGAUCAAGUGGAAAUUCCGAGGAUGGGACAUCGAUUCCAAGAGCCCUACAUCACAAUACAAAGUCUACACGAUUGGAGGCACGGAGACCACAUUGAUGAUAAACGCCUUCACAAAGGAAAAUGUCGGCCAAUAUCAGUGCUUUGCGACCAAUUCUUACGGUGAAGCUCAACAAAACAUCAUGGUCGAUCUAGCCGUUCGUCCGAGUUUCAUUCAACCACUCUAUAAUCGAACGUUCUCCGAUGCCCAACCAGUGCGACUGGACGUCCGUGUCGAAGGACAACCGUUCCCGGAGCUCAAGUGGAUGAAGGAAUGGCGCCCAAUUGUCGAAUCAACCCGAGUGAAAUUCGUUCAAGACGGUCCAUACCUAUGCUCGUUGAUCAUCUCCGAUCCCAUGUGGCGAGACAGUGGCAUCUACACCUGUAUAGCCGUAAAUGACGCCGGUCAAGCGACCACCUCGUGCUCGAUUACUGUAGAAGCUGAUGGCGAUUUCAACGACGUCGAAUUGCCGAAGAAACGAGCGAUGGUGGAAGCGCGAAAGAUUCGUGAAAUCUACGAGAUUGCUGAAGAAGAUGAAACGUUGGCGACCAGCGGAGCACCGUUUUGGGUGAAGGAGAAGAGGACUGGCGAGGAAUUUUUGGCUCAAUUGAAACCACUUGAUGACGCGCUACAACGCAAUAUUGACAUGUACAACACCGUCGAUCAUGAGAAUAUCGUACGAUUCCAUGAGGUCGUCAAAGACGAAAAAUUGGCCAUGGUCGUUUAUGAGAAGUGA